AUGCAAGGAUUGUUUGAUGCGCCUACCUUUCACCUGCUCACACAAGAAGGUGAUGAUGUCGAUGAUACGCAUGACAAAAAUCAAGAAGGGAAGGGAACGGCUGAAAAGGAUAUCAGACGUAAUGCUUUGAUAAAGGAACUCGAAUCAAGACGAAGAAAACCAGUUGGUAGGUUCGCCCGCUCACGUGAUGACCAUGAAGACGAAAUGGGAAUAGACAUUACAACGGAAGAACAGCGUAUUUGGGAUUUUCUAUUCGAUGUGAAGUACUCAAUGACACGUGGAAUGGUCAUCUCCUUGUCUAGCGGGGUAACAAAAAAAUUUGGUCAAUCUGCUGGAGAUGUUAUCUUCGAGAGUAUAUACGGCUUAGAACUCACAAAAACGCUGAUGCGCACUUUGAGGGAGGAAGUGAAGGUCUGCUCUGAUGUAGUUGAUGCUUGGGUAGAUGUGAUGAAUUUUGAAGAACUUGACAGAACCGACGGCUGCCCAACGCGGGUUUAUUUUAACACAACUGUGAUAGACAGCUGGCUUUUGACGGAUUCUACUUGUGAUGAUGAUGAACGUAUGCAAACGUUCGGCGAAAGGAUGGUCGUAGGCGGCGCAUAUGAUUUCAUUGGGAUCAAAAUGGGUUUCUUUCCAAUCCUCGAGAAUGAUGAAUAUUACAUGCUUGUUUUCGAUCUGGAAAACGGUGAAAUAACCGUCAUAGACCACAAGCCUGAUCGCACACCCUUAGCUGGCAUUAGGGAUCAUCAAGACUACUACAAAAAAGAUACACCAUACAAAGUGAAGCAUAUGCUGGACAAUUAUUUGGAGCAUUGCAAACAUCCGUUAAAGGAUAAAAUUGCACCAGCCAAGAUUAAAAGGUGUGAUAUCCAUUGGGCGACAAGUGCACAUCCAAUGGAUAGUGCAGUAUUCCUUAUGCACCACAUUAGCAACUGGAAGCAAAAGCAAAAGCAAAAACAGAUUCUUACCCUCCGAAAAAAAUUCGCUACACGCAUACUACUCUGUGAUGUCAAUGUGGUGAAGGGAAAGGUUCGUGAUGCUGCAUUAUCAGUGUAA